AUGGCUACACCAAAACUAGCUCGAAUUGGAGGCAGCAAGGUUCGCAGCGGUUGUGUGACAUGCAAGCAGAGACACAUAAAGUGCGACGAGGGGCGACCACACUGCCAGAGGUGCAUUCGAAGCAAACGAGAAUGCAAAGGUUAUGUCGACCCGGUCCAAAGCAAAAAGCCGGCCAGAGAGGGACAGGCGUUCGUCGUCUACGUCCCGGAUCCCCCUUACUCGAUCACCUCUCUUCCAAACAUGGAUUGGAGGGAAAAGCGGUCUUUCAAUUUCUUUCAGAACCGAACAGCUGGUGAAUUGGCAGGAUACUUCCGCCCUGAGUUGUGGUCUAGAUUCAUUUUGACUACGGCGCACCAUGAAGAUGCUAUCAAGCACGCAGUGAUAUCCAUCGGCGGUCUGCAUGAACUCUUCCUGCGUCCUUCCCCACCUACAGAUCCCGCUUUGCUUGCAUUUGCCAUGCAGCACUACGGCAGAGCCAUGCAGCAUGUGGUUAAACUCGAUACGAGCAAAUCAGCACGGGCGGUUGAUGUUGCGUUGACUGUGUCAGUCCUCUUCGCCUGCAUCGAGAUUCUCCGAAAACACUUUGUCUCUUCCCUGAGUCACAUAUACUCUGGCAUGAAGAUAUUAGCAGAGUUGGCUCGUCGCUCGGAAGACACGCCCGAACACUACCUGCCGAGGGAUCUCCUAGUCCAAAUGUACCUGAGACUAGACACCCAGGUCAUGGAGUUUGGGAAGGAUGGUUUCCAAGCCCCUCCCGCCUUUGCGAUUACUUCAGUCAGUCCUGUGCCUGCCACAUUCACUGAUACGGAUGAGGCCCGGUCGUCCUUUGAAAUGUGCCGUUAUCAGAUACUGCACUUUGUGCGCAGUAUCCAAGCCGUGAAAAGAGAGUGUGAUUCACCCAGCGGAUGUCUCCAGGACUUCGACGGAAGAUACCAAGUGCUUCGGCAGCACUUCAGCGAAUGGGGAAUGGCUUUUGAGCGCAUGAUGCAAAGAAAACGAAGUCACGACCUUGCCGUGCUAACCCUCAAAGCCUCGAGAAUUGCCCUCGAUGUAAUUCUGAGCGCAUGCCUGGAACACAAUGAGAUGGUUUUCGACCUUUUUACAGACAAAUUCAGGGAAUUGCUCGUUAUUGGGGACGAGAUAGUGCUGAGGAUGCUACAGGACACCAGGCCCCGAAGACCAUCUCAAGGUGUGGAAAUCACCUGCGAAAAUAAUAGACACGGUGCUUCCGCCCCGAAGCAAGACCAUCACAUUGAGCCUGUUCUAUCCAUGAACCUUGGAAUCGUGUCGCAUCUAUACAUGGUGGCAACGAGGUGUCGAGAGCCGGAUAUCCGACACAAGUCUUUAGAUUUGUUGAAGACCAUCAAAAGGCGGGAAGGGAUCUGUGACAGUGAGAUGCUAGCAGCCUUUGCGGAAAAGCUGGUUAUAGAAGAAGAAGAGGGAGCCCGAAGCCACAUGCAGGCCGUGCACACCAACAACAAAGGGCGGAUUGAUCUUCAUUCGUCGAGUCAAAUCCCGGAGACGGUCAGAAUCCAACUCUCAGAACGCCGACCGCGAGAUCUUGAUGCGAUAUGA